AUGGCUCUAAUUCUUGAUUACGAUGAAGCAACGCUGAGAAAGCAUAUGGAGAACCGUGGUUUAGGAGUUGAGAUGAUUGAUGCUCGUAUAAGAGAGUUCAAGCAAAAAACAUUACCUAGCGCGAAAUAUUUUGAUGAUCAAAAAUUGCUCCAUCUCAUUCCUGGUGAAGAGGAUGAUCAAUGGAUUUUCGAACGGAUGAAAAUGCUUGUGCAAAGGGCAAUGGAUUCUGGAUUCUCAAUGGUAAAUUCGAGGAGUGCCACUCCUAAAAAUCAGAAAAUAUCUAGAGCGACAACUUCUGCUGCAGUAGCAGCUAUGGCUGCAGCAGCGACUGUAGCCGCUGUAGAUUCUCGGCAAGGCAAAAUUACGCAAUCCCGACAAUCAAGUCCUGAGAAGAGUUCCCGAGCCUCCAGUCGAGCAAUACGCCAUCAGGUGGAUGGCUCGACUAAUAGUCGCAGUGAAAGAGAUUUUCAGUCAAAAACGAAUGCCGCAUCUGCUCCGAUUGCAUCACGACCCGGAAGUCGUGCGCAUGGAAGUCCUCCACCCAUUCCGGACUCAGUGGUGAGCAGUCCUGUCGCCAUUAAGUCGCCUGCCUCAGCUAACUUUGUUCGCUCAAUUCCCCACACUGCUCAUGCAUUUUCACCUUCAAUUCCCGCCAAAGAAGUGCGAGAAUCAGCAAAAUUACGGCAUUCGUCAACUGAGAUAGUCAUACCGGUUCAGCGACUGAUAGCACACAACAUUACUUCUCCAGUAGAAGGUUAUCUUAUCAGUCAAGCAAAAUAA